UUCAUUACAAAUGGGAAACGGAAGAAGCUGAAAGGAAAGGAGGACUUUCCAUAGCCGUUCCUGGUGAAAUCCGAGGAUACCAAUUAGCACAUCAAAGACAUGGACGGUUACCAUGGAAACAGUUAUUUGAGCCAAGCAUCAAACUUGCCAAAGAAGGAUUCCCCAUUAGUUGGGCUCUUGCAGAUGCCAUAGAGGAACGUAAGGAAGACAUUGAGAAAGACCAGUCUUUGUGUGAAAUAUUUUGCAAUUCCAAUGGCAAAAUACUCCAGGAAAAUGAAAUUAUCAAAUUUCCAAGAUUAGCUGCAACUUAUCAGAUUCUGGCAGAUGAAGGAGCUGAUGCAUUUUACAACGGAUCUCUCUCCCAACAGAUAGUGACUGAUAUCAGGAAUGCAGGUGGAAUUAUAACUCUUGAGGACCUGAGAGAUUACAGAGCUCAAUUAUCUGAAGAUGUGGUAAACAUGUCAAUUGGUGAUUACACAUUGUUUGUGCCCAGUGCUCCUUCCAGUGGACUUGUGCUCACAUUAAUACUGAACAUCCUAAAGGGUUAUAGUUUUACUUCAGAUAGCGUUUCCUCCCCAGAACAGAGGGCGUUGACAUAUCAUCGAAUAGUUGAAGCCUUUAAAUUUGCAUAUGCAAAGAGAAGCAUGAUGGGAGAUCCAUUGUUUGUCAACAUGACUGAG